UGAGGGAGGGGACGGUGCUGACGGCUGGGAGGACGAAAGGAGAGACAAGAAAGCUUUAGGGAAGACAUAAGAGAGUGGGGAACGGCCCGGGUUUCCACCGUCCGUCGGGAAACAAACACCCCAGUUUUCUGUAGCUGCUGGAUUUGUCACCGAAUCAGCGCUAAACAAAAAUGUCGACCAGUCGUCAACUUAGCGAGAGCAGGGCCAUCCCGACCAAGACGGUGUUGAUCAACGACACAACGCAGCUACCUCAUGACUAUUGUACCACCCCCGGAGGCACUUUAUUCUCUACCACUCCUGGAGGAACCCGGAUCAUCUACGACCGCAAGUUCCUCCUGGAUCGGCGCAAUUCUCCCAUUGCCCAGACUCCACCGGCUCACCUGCCUGUCAUCCCUGGCGUGACCAGCCUAAAUGUCCUGACUGAGAACCAGAAGAAUGAAGCCAACAACCACGUCAACAACCACGAUGGCAAGCCUACAACUGGUGAUGAUGCUCAGUUCGAAAUGGACAUCUAACCGACUGGAACCACACCAGCAAAAGGAAAUAACCUGGCAACACGUGUGCCAGUGGCUUGGCUUGUAGAAACCAAUGUCGUGAGCCCUCAUGGCGGCCAUCUUCUUUAGCUCUUUGUCUCACUGCUGGAUGUAAUGUGUGUAAACCAUGGGGAUUCAGUCUAUCAUACAGGUACAGUUUGGCCAUUGCUGGAAACUCGGUUUAUUUGAAUAGAUUUCCAUGGUUACCAGUUGCAGUACAUAUUAACUUCACAACAAGGGAGCGUCCCCCAGAAUGCCCAAACAAAUUAGUCCAAUUUCUCAGGAGUCCCCCAGCAGAGACGUAAAACAGGAAAUAAUCCACGUUAAUUGGGAGAGGAACUGGUUAUUUUUUAUUUUAUUUUUUUUUUAGUCUUGGCCUCGGAAUCAAUCGAAACAUAUGAAAUUCCACACAGUCUUUGGUUUUGAAGACCCUUGUUAGCAUGAUAUUUCAGUAAUUUUUGUUUAAUUGUUUUGAAACUACUUGAAAAGCCCCACAGUCUAUUAUUAUCAGUUGGACUCUUUAGUUUCCAGUGAUGGUUUGUAAAGGGAUGCUGUGUUUUCAAUUAGGGUGAAGAUUUCAUGCCAUUCCAAGACUUCACUCUUCAUUACCAACACAAGGGUGCACAAGUUUCCAAUUUCCAAGAUAUGUUUUGUUUUUUGUUUGUUUGGCUUUUAUGUUUUUUUUUUUUGUUUUGUUUUUUUUAAGAAUGAAUUUUAGCCUGCGAUUGAGCUGUUUUUAAUCAAAAAAUGAUUGUACUUCCCACUUAUGUAAAGUUUCAACCUGGCAACUGACAAACGAGCUUUUGAUUUUAGUUACAUUUCAGUAUAACAAUAUAAAGCCACUCAAUUCAUCACGACCGUGGCCUCGCUGUGAUUUUUAUUUUCAUGUUUCUCAUCUGCCAAAAAUUAUUUUUAUUUUUAUUUUUUUUUUAACUACACUUUGAUCUUGUUGUGUUGGCAGGAGCUCUGCAUUCAUAAUUUGAUAAAAUCGAAGGAUACUUGGCACCAUGUGCUGGGAGCUUUCCAAACCAGAUAAAAACAUUUAGAAGAACAUAGAAACGGUUAAUAUCCCGCUGAUGUUUUUGGUGCGAUACAAGAUUUUGGAAAACUUGAAAUAAUCCAGAUGUUUUUAUAUGCAUUUUAUUUUUUAAUACGGUUUCUUAGUACUGAGUGAAUUUGUUUGGAUAUGAGCACUGUCAAGCCUGUCGAUUUGUUGAACUGUUAAGCAGCCAGAACACACUGUUUGCAUUAGGCUUGAUGGAUGCUGUAAUCAACAAAUCUGUCCCCCAGUGUCCUUAACCCAUUUUAGAUUACCUUGUUCAUCUCAUGAGUCACGCCUGCCCAUGCCUUACUUUACAUGAAAUGCAGUAGCUAGGUUCCUGGUCAUCAAUUUCUACUUUCCAACAGAUGUUUAUUUUUUCACUGCAACAUUGAACAGGUAACAUUGUACUUGGCAAUUGAGCAAAAGGAAUACUUUUUAUUUUCUUUGCCAUUUUUCUAUCCUCAAACAGCUGUGAAGUUUGGAAGUGCAAUGGUAAAUAUGGGAUAUUGAAGUUGGCAAUGUGAGAGUACCGCACACUCAUUAUGUUCAAAUAAUAUUUUUUUUCUUUUUAACACCACAAAUCAUAUUCAUACCUGCUAAUUGUACUCUGUCCAAGUAGCAGCUCUGAAUUCGGUAAAUGACUCAACAUGAAGUUUUUCUCAGUAAGACUGGAACCUCUGAUGUCUGUCAGAUUUUUUUUUUUUUUUUCUUCUUUUUCCCGUUAUUAAUUCUGGCCAUGUUUCGUGAUAAGUCUUUACAUUACGGCAUUAUAAUUUACACGGCAGAUUUCUUUCCAGUGACUUCAGUUUCACAAAGAGGGCUUAAUAUUAUGCUUUGAGAGACAAAUUUGAAACCAACUUUACUGUAACCUUUUGUUCUGAUUUUUAAAUGAUGUUUAUUUUAAAUGAGACUCCAAUGCCAGUGGACACUGUUGCUGCAAGAUCAAUAAAAUUCCGUA